AGAUGUUCUGUGUUUCAACUUCAUCAGAAAUUAAAUUGAUAUUUAUGGGUUAAUCUGGAAAUCUAAAAACCAUUUGUCUCACUACUUCCAUAAGAAAAUAUGUUCAAAUUCCCAUCAGCUGACUUGUAACAAGGCUUUUGGAACACAAUUCAAUGUAUGACGUACCCCUUAAGCCCUGACAACCACCUUGAAGAUGGAAUUAUGAAUAUGGCAACUUUUCUCCAGGGUUUUGAAGAAAAGGGGGUACAGAACGACAGUUUUGAGGACCAGCUGAAUAAAGAGAGGAAGAAAAUUCUGUUCUCCUUCUGUGAGGUGUGCAACAUCCAGCUGAACUCUGAAGCUCAGGCCCAGGUCCACUACAAUGGCAAGUCCCACCGCAAGCGAGUCAAGCAGCUGAGUGACGGGCAGCCCCUGCCUCCAGCUCAGGGCUCAGGGCCACUGCUGGCCAGCCCCAACACCAACACCAGCACAGGUAGUACAUGCCACACUACUACCCUUCCUGCUCUUAUGCGCACACCUACCCUGAUGAUGCAACCUUCACUGGAUAUCAAACCAUUUAUGUCUUUCCCAGUGGACAGUAAUUCUGCUGUUGGGCUCUUUCCAAAUUUUAACACAAUGGAUCCUGUGCAAAAAGCAGUCAUAAACCAUACAUUUGGAGUGUCCAUUCCCCCCAAGAAGAAACAAAUUAUUUCUUGUAAUGUCUGUCAGCUUCGCUUUAACUCGGAUAGCCAGGCCGAGGCCCACUACAAAGGAAGUAAACAUGCCAAGAAGGUCAAAGCACUAGAGGCAACGAAAAAUAAACCCAAAAUGGUUUCUUCCAAGGACAGCGCAAAGGCUAAUCCCAGCUGCUCCAUCACUCCAAUCACAGGCAACAGCUCUGACAAAUCAGAAGAUAAAGGGAAAUUAAAAGCCAGCAGUUCCAGUCAGCCGUCAAGCUCUGAAGGUGGUUCAUUUCUUCUCAAAUCUGGCACAACACUCCUGCCACCUGGAGCACCUACUUCUCCCUCCAAGAGCACAAAUGGAGCUCCCGGUACUGUUUCUGAAUCAGAAGAAGAAAAAGCCAAAAAAUUACUCUAUUGUUCACUAUGCAAAGUGGCUGUGAACUCCCUGUCACAGCUAGAGGCGCACAACACAGGCUCUAAACACAAGACAAUGGUUGAAGCUCGUAAUGGGGCUGGUCCAAUUAAGUCCUAUCCUAGACCUGGAUCAAGAUUAAAGAUGCAGAAUGGCAGUAAAGGGUCAGGACUACAGAACAAGACAUUUCAUUGUGAAAUCUGUGAUGUUCAUGUUAAUUCAGAAAUUCAACUCAAACAGCACAUUUCUAGCCGGAGGCAUAAGGAUCGAGUUGCAGGGAAACCACUGAAGCCGAAAUAUAGCCCUUACAACAAACUCCAGCGGAGCCCAAGCAUCUUAGCAGCAAAACUUGCAUUCCAGAAAGAUAUGAUGAAGCCAUUGGCCCCAGCCUUCCUGUCCUCACCCCUGGCAGCAGCGGCGGCAGCAUCCUCUGCACUGUCACUGCCUCCCCGUCCAUCUGCCUCGCUCUUCCAGGCUCCAGCCAUACCUCCAGCUCUCCUGAGGCCGGGCCACGGGCCCAUCAGGGCCACUCCUGCCUCUAUCCUCUUUGCUCCAUACUAAUGUCUGUGAGCUCCAAGACAGUUGAAGCCAGUAGGAAAGUUAAAAAGGAAAGCCAAAAUGACUCAGCAAUUUAAGCAUUUUGUGUUGCCACGCCCCUACCCACCCACAAAAUGUAGCAUCUCACCCCUAACCCCAGCUCCAAAGAAAAGCAAAUACUAGAUUCAAGAGUGCUUCAUGGACUGCAACUAUAAUUUAGAGUUCUGAGCAGCACAGGCUAUACCCCCUACCCCUACCCAUCCCCCAUCUGCUUAAUUCAAUUUAUGUAUCUGAGAUAUUUUGUUUCUUGAGAACGUAUUGCUCAAAAAAGGUAAAAAAAAAAAAAAAAAAAAAAUUCUCUAAAAUUAUUCCCAUGGGUGUGAUCUGGCUUAGAAACAAUAUGGAAUAUUUUCCUGACAGACUUGAAAAUUAGGGUCUUCCUCACAUGUCUGUAAAUAAUUCUGGAAUCCAACUGGGUAUAUUCUAGUGCGGAACAAAAAAUAGAUGAACACAAGUGCUCACUUGUGGAUACCAUCUUACCAAUGGAUCACCGUGUUUUCUUUUUGGUGUACUAUUGUUGACAGGGAUUGUGUACUGUUUUAGACCCAAGUACUGUUGUAUCCUGUGUCGUACUAGAUUGUAUCUCUUGUCUGAAUUAAACAUUUUUUGUUGCUGUGUAAAUGUUAGGAAGCAAAAUAGCUUUGAAUUUUCUCUUCAAGAGAACAAAAGGUAAAGUAAUGUAUUUUCUUUAUUUCACAUUUACUUGGAGAUAUUUAAAAGAAAUAGAAAGCCAUAUAACAUAGCUAUAAUUACUACCUGUUUGCUAUUUUUGUUUAAUUUAUUUUGUAGCUUCCUCACUGGUUUGAGUUGCUAAGCAAAUGUAUACAAACAGAAAAAGAGCUUCCUAAAUUGCACAUUUUUGCACCUCUUGUGCAUUCUGCAAGAAAGCAAUGAAUCCAUAUAUUUCUACAUAAUUAUCUUCUUCGUUUUUAACUUGUUCUCAUUUGUAAUGAUGCUACAUAAUUUUGUGGCUCCCUAAUGCAAUAAUGUACAGAAGAUACAAAACAAUUUAUAAUUGAACAACUUGUCUUUCUGUUCACUAACUAUCUUGCAGGUUUUGUCCCCAUGCCCCCCUUUCUAAGCUGAUAUCAAUAAGACUGGAAUGUUUGUGAUAUCAGGGGCAAGAGGUAUCAUAAAACAACAAAAUAGAGUGAACUCUUCUAGAGCAUCUAUAUCUGCAAUCUGUAAAUGGUAAAAUGUCUGUGUAUUUUUUUAAAUGUAUCUUUUCAAUAAAAGUACAAAA